AUGAAGCACGGUACCGACCUAAGUUUCGAUGCGGAGACGGUUGCGGGUGGCGGCGGGCUGUCCGGUGCAGAUCUAUUUGCGGCGGGAGUUGGAGGAGUCGGUCGGUGUGGGUUGCGUGGAGGUUGCCCAGAGAGUAGCGGCGAGUUGCGAUUGAUGUGUUGCUGCCAUAAAGUUUAUAGGAUGUCACUGAAACAUUUUUUCAAAGGGUUUGGAGCAGCAUACAGUAUGGAUGAUUUUGAAGCAAGGUUUGGACUGAUAUGCAGAGUAGGUCUUUUGGCUAUUGUUUUGACAUUUUGUGGGGUCUAUUUUGAAGCAAUUAUGUUUGGAUGUGAAGCAUGGCAAAGUGGAAAAAGCAGCAAGGAAAAGCUACAAGCUCAAAACCUGGUUUCAUAUAGCUUUAGGAGUUAG